CGGCAGGAAGAUGCCUCGCGCGGGGCUGGGGCGCCAACGGCCGGAACGCGUUCCGGGCCGCACCGGGACCGCCUGAAAGCCGAGUCCGCGCCGACCGAGCCUGGGCCGGAUGGGCGCUACGGACCGGGCCGCGGACCGCCGAGCGGCCGUCGUACUGCUUUUCUCUCGCCCCAGUGUGUGGACACCACCACACGCCCUCCAGACCAGCAACGGCUCUUGCGUGUAUUGCCCAGUGUUUCUGUCAGAGAGUCCGACAGAGCCAUAGAUCCUCCAGUGCUGGCCUGGAGCUGAGUCACGAGCGCCCAGCAGACAUGGUGAAAAUGACCAAGUCCAAAACUUUCCAGGCUUAUCUGCCACACUGUCACAGAACUUACAGCUGUAUCCACUGCAGAGCCCAUCUGGCCAAUCACGAUGAGCUCAUCUCCAAGUCUUUUCAGGGGAGUCAGGGGCGAGCCUACCUCUUCAACUCUGUGGUGAAUGUGGGCUGUGGCCCCGCUGAGGAAAGAGUCCUUCUGACUGGGCUGCAUGCAGUGGCUGACAUCUACUGUGAGAACUGCAAGACCACACUCGGGUGGAAAUACGAACAUGCCUUUGAGAGCAGUCAGAAAUACAAAGAAGGAAAGUUUAUCAUUGAACUUGCCCACAUGAUCAAAGACAAUGGCUGGGAGUAGAGCGAAGAGGUCCACUCCUGCCGAGUACCGUUAUAAAAGCUGAGUGUGGCGAAGGCCUGGCUUCUGGGGACAAUACUUCUUGAACUUUGACCUCACAGGCCACCCCAGUUCAACACUUGGGGGCCUCUCUCUAGUCUGUUUACUGGGUAAGGUGCCCCUAUCUGAGCUCCCUUCAUGUACACUGUUGUUUCUGGAAGUUUGCAUUCUUUUUCUAACUUCUUACAUUCUAGAGAAAGAAUUAACCAACUGACGACUCACCUGCCUAGUUAAUAACUCUGUACAUCUUCAACAUAGUCUGUGUUUUCACCAAACCCAAAAAGGGUCACUCGCACAAGCAAGGCAUAAUGGCACUCAAGAAUCUUCCAGAAAUAGUAAACAGAUUUACAGGUGAAACAUAUGGCUUUAAAUCUGAAGGCAGCCACUAAUAACAGUUAGAGAAGCUAAGGAAGAGAGACUCAGUGUGCUUUAUUUAAGCCAACACCCCCAUUCCCUCGUGUAGAAAGCCUGUGACUAGUGGCUAAGCAUUCUGUCGCUAGGCCUACAGGAGGCUGCCACGGCACAGCAGCUCGUAUGUGGGGCUGGUCCCUGACAUAGAGCAGCAGGCUGAGGUUCAUCUCACCCCUGGAUGUACUUGAAAUACAUUAGUCAUGCACACAGAGGCUGGAGCCAGCACGGGAAACUUGAGAACUUGAGAUUUUCUGUGAUAAAGGAAGAGCUUUCUCAGUAUGGGAGUUGCCUUUCCUGCCUGGGAUCACCUUAUGACAUGGGAGGGAUCUGGGCCAUCCCCCAGGUCCUACAUCUCAGAUUUUUAAGUCACAACCGGUAAUCCUCCAUGCAUCUGCAGGGGAUGGUCAGUUAGCAGAGGAUGGAGGCCAGGCAUUCCCAGAUAAGUUUUGUGGUUCAACUUUCUGUACUGAACACAGAAGAGCAGGAAGGAGGCCUGGGAAGGCUAAGCACCACCGUAAGCUGGGUAAGCAGAUGGGGAAAAGCUGCAGCUGCCGCCUGGGGUGUGCUUAGUCAAGAGCAGCUUCUAGUCCUCCCAACCCCAAACCUUCCAAGCCCAGAUCCUCUGGCCAAGACAGGCACUUCUUCAUCAGGCUGUUCCAGCUCCCUGCUCACUCCAAAGCCUACAUUUUGGAGCCAUGUCUUUACCUAAGUUUGGAAGCCUGCUAAUACAAGAAAUGCCUAGGCAGCAGAAGACAUGCUUGCACGGUCUAUGAGCCUCUGUGCCUGGUCCUGGCCAAAGCUGCUUUCUCCCCAGCUAUGCCCCGGUUCCCUCUAGACUAACCCAAAGCAAGGUUACUCCACCCAGUAAGGUAACUGCUGAAGUCCAGCAUAGGCAGCUAGUCCGUGUGAAAUCUAGCAGGCCCAGACUCCAUCCUUGUCUAGAAUAAACACUAGCCACAGUCAGCACCCAGGCUGGUUCUCAGUACUCUUGCCAGUGGGAAUGUGGCUGCUGAGGCUGGGAGACCAAUGUCACCUCAGGAAAGGUGAGGGCACGCUGAAUAUAUAUAUAUAUAUAUGUAUAUCCCCAUGAAUGCUUCACGUAAGUUGAAGAGCCCAGAGUCCUUCUGACCAGUUUUUGUAUAUACUAAGAUUAUAUCUACAGCUUUUUAUGUUCUGGGCAUGCUUUCUGCCCUGCUACUUGAGCACUUUUUGUAUUGUCUUUUGUGAUAGCAUUGACUGGAAAUUUUUUGCCAGUACCCUGACUUAUUUUGUAUUGGGGGGUAAUGGAUAUCAAAACUUUUAUGGAGUUUUUUGGAUUUUGUGUUGGCCUUCUGUGAUAUACAAACUUUUUAAAGCAAAAGAACUGACCAUGAGCUGGCUUCAGGGGAAGUGACAUGACUCCACAAGCAGAUGUGCUGAUAAACUGUGAGACUACCCACCUUCUUCAGUUUCUACAGCGUCGUUCUGUGACGAUGCUGACAUGCUUUCUUCAGAGCAGUGGGAGGUGGCACCAGGUCACAAACACUACUGCUUUAGAAUUGUGGGUUAUUUUGUUGCUGUCUUGUUAGCAUAUUCAUAGUAUUUUUAUACCUUAAUGCUUAUUCUCGAUGGCAUCAGUUGGGUAUUUGAAAAGAUCAGAAAUGAGAUUUUCUUUUUCUUUAAAAAAGUCCUUUAUUUUCUGAUGACCUCAUCAGGCAGUUUUUAAAACCCAAGUGUUAGUACUGUCUAAAAAACUACCAUUUAAGCUCUGGACAAGGCGUGGAAAUGCAAGCCCUGGCGGGGCCCGUCCUCUAUCCUGGAUGGCAAGCAUGGAGGAGGAUGCAGCUGUUCUUGGGACAAGUAUAGGCUCUGGGUAAGGCUGACUGGACAGUGACCUGGAAGCAACUGGGAGUUCACCAUGAGUAGCAUGACCACCAAGCUCAAGCAUACACAGUGCCCUUGGCCUCCCUGUCCCUGGCAAAACUGUCGCCCUUGGAGUCUUGUCUGUGAAGGAUAGAAAUAAAGCUGCUGUUGUCAACAA